GAUGCAUCGACCGUGACGUCAUGUCGCAGCGUGUCGACGCGUCCCCUGCUCCGGGCGGAAGUGCCUGCAAAGUAGCUGCGGACUGGAGGAAAGGUGAUCGAUCAGUGGCUCCCGAGCACGGACCACCUGCAGGAUCUGGGCCCCGGUGUGUCCGGUCCCUGUCCCGGGGCAAUAGAGAACCCCAGAACAGGAAUUUCUUCACUGAUAUUUUCAGGAUGUCAACAAUGGAAAAAGAACACAACUUGGUGGAACAGCCGGCUAAAAAGGCCAAAUUGCAAGAUGCAGAUGAAGAAACUUUAAGUCAAGUGAGUAACAGUGAAACUACCCAUCAGAAAGACGAGAUGGAUUCAAACCAUGCUAUGCCCAGUGAAAUUCUUCCCUGUGCAGACUACAUGCCACGAGCAACCAAUGAUUAUACCUCACAACUGUAUGCAGCAAAGCCGUAUACACACAUCCUUUCUGUACCUGUAGCAGAAUCUAUGGCAGCAUACAGUGGCCAGACUCCAUAUCAAACUUUGCAACAAUCUCAGCCAUACACAAUGUAUCCUCAGGCACCACAAACCUAUGGUCUACCUCCCUUUGGCGCAUUAUGGCCAGGUAUCAAAUCUGAAGGUGGUUUAAUACAGGCACCAAACCAAACUACCGUCCUGACCUGCUCAGCGGGUGUCACCAGCAGCCAGCCAAGUCCUGUACUGUAUUCUUAUCCUGUACAAGCUACUGGUACUAAUGUAAAUGUAAUGUCGAAUCCCUCUCCCAUUACAAAUAUUUCUGUUCCUACAGUUGCCAACAUCUCGAACCAGGAAUUUCCGACAUAUACUAUACUUGGACAAAAUCAGUACCAGCAGUCUUACCCAAACCAAAGCUUUUCACCAGCAACGUCUGCAGCCAAUUCAGAGAACAGUUCAGGGACGCCAGGAUUUCAGACCUGCAAAUCAGAUGCCACAUCAACAGCACAGUCCACCCAGAGGCCUAUUUCUGGUAUGUACAAUGACACAGAAACAGGCCAGCCAAUGAGAGCAAUGAGCAGUAAGGAGACAGAAGACCAAAGUAAGAAAAAUGUGAAUGUGAAAAACAGAGGGAAGGGUAAGAAAACAGAUGCCUCUUCACCACAGCAAAGUGAUCUAGAGCGUGUGUUUUUGUGGGACUUGGAUGAGACCAUUAUCAUCUUUCACUCUCUGCUCACCGGGUCAUAUGCACAAAAGUAUGGAAAGGAUCCUACUCUGGUUGUUGGAUCUGGCUUGGCAAUGGAGGAGUUGAUCUUUGAAGUUGCAGACACGCAUUUAUUUUUCAAUGAUCUGGAGGAGUGUGAUCAGGUACAUGUGGAAGAUGUGGCAUCUGAUGACAAUGGUCAAGAUUUGAGUAAUUACAGCUUUACCACAGAUGGUUUUAAUGGGACAGCAGGCAGCAGGAAUCACACCCCCAACGCUGGCGUCCAGGGAGGGAUGGACUGGAUGAGAAAGCUGGCAUUUCGGUAUCGCAAAGUCAUAGAGGUGUACGACAAAUACAAGAAUAAUGUUAGUGGUCUUCUCAGUCCACAGCGGCGUGAUUCUCUCCAGAGGUUAAGAACUGACAUAGAAGCCCUGACAGAUGGCUGGUUAGGAACAGCGUUGAAGUGUUUACUACUAAUACAGUCCAGAAAAAACUGCGUGAAUGUACUCAUAACCACAACCCAGCUGGUGCCUGCGCUGGCUAAGGUUUUGCUCUAUGGCUUGGGAGAGAUAUUUCCUAUUGAGAACAUUUACAGUGCCACCAAAAUAGGUAAAGAGAGCUGCUUUGAUAGGAUAGUGACAAGAUUUGGAAAAAAGGUUACUUAUGUAGUAAUUGGAGAUGGCAGAGAUGAAGAAAUGGCUGCUAAACAGCUGAACAUGCCUUUCUGGAGAAUCACUAACCAUAAUGACCUCACCUCUCUGCACCAAGCUCUGGAGCUGGAUUUCUUGUGAGAAAUUUGGUGAAAAGGAUGGACUUUCGUGAAUCAUCCAGAGACAUUCAAAUCUGCCUUCUGGUCUGAGAAGACUAUAUCUUACUUAAGAACUGACUGGGAUGCCUAAUUCAGGAAGAUGCUUUCCUUUGUCUUUAGAUUCCCUGAGAGUUUACCAACAGGGAAUUAUGGCUGCAGUGAAAGAGAGAGCCCUUCAGUCAUCUACGCUGAAUUUUUUUUUUCCUUCACAAUUGCUCCUCAGUUGCUUUUUCGUUUUUUUGUUUUUUUUUUUGUUUUCUUAGAUCUUACCUACCUCUUCAGUUUCAUGCCGGCUCCCCAAUUCUUCAAACUCCCCUUAGGUCUGCUUCAUGUCCAGUAUGUAACUUUACUAAACUCUGCAUGGAGAGUUUGAAGCUAUAUCCAGUAAACUUUGAAUAAUGGUAAAAUGGAAUGUCAACAACCCCAAUCAUGUUCUUCAUAUCAAGAAUAGAAUGUAGCAUUUUGUUACCAGUUCUUCACCUUUCAAAACUGAUACUGUACACUGACCUCAAAUGAAGUAGCCAAUCGUUUUAGCUGAGGAUGUGUCUGAAUCCAACUUUACUUUACGAUUACCCUAUUUUUUUAAUCUGCUUUCCAGGGCAAUGUACAUAUUUCUGGAUUUGUUAAACUUAUCAUUGGGGAAAUUGCUUCAUGGGGUUAUUUUUAUUUUUGUUUCUACCAGAUAAUCAUUCUGGAAAUAUUUCUUAAAUACCUCGAUGAGGGAGGGGACUAAAAAAGCCCCCACCAUUAAUUCACCUUGAAUGAUGGUAACUUAUUAAAAACUUGUAUUUUUUUUCCUCUCGCUUCUUUAACUUUCUGAUUUUUUUUCUGUAUAAUUUUCCUUUUUUUUUUUGUCCAAAGAAACAAUUUUGUAAUGUGACUAUAUAGAGGGAGGAAAACUGUUUACAGUAUUUGAACUGUUUUUAAGCAGUUAUUUGGGGAGAAAUAAUUUCUUGUUUGUUCAGUAGGAACAGGAAUACAUUUUCAGUAUUUGAAAUAAAAUGCCAAAGUGCAGCCUGUGAUUAGCCUGGCA